AAUCCUCAUGUUUAUACUCUGCGACAACAAUCAACCGAGUGUGUGUUGUGUGCUUCUAACUACAACGACAAUACCAUAGACUUGGCAAAGCCAAAGGGUGGUAAAAAGAAAAAGACUGAAUUGGUUUUUGAUCCCAAGAAAAGGCGCGAAUUUUUGACUGGUUUUCGUAAGCGAAAGCAGGAAAGACGACAAAAAGCCAAAGAAGACUUGGAUAAGCAAGUGAAGGAAGAACGAAAGCGUAUCAAGCAAGAGAUUCGAGACGGUUUUCAAGAUCAAUUCAAAAAAUCAUUCGAACCCAUCGAAUUGGAAGGAAAGCUAAAGGAAGAAGAAUAUGACACAGAGAAUGUAACAGUGCAAAUCGUUGAACUUUCAACCGAUGAAAUAGCCAAAUCGAAUAAUUGGAUAGGCGCCAAUCGGCCAGUUUAUUAAGGCAAACAAAGUGGAGAUGUAGAGACUAAAGAGAGGGCAAUCGAAGUAGGAAGAAAGCGCAUGCUGAAAAGGAUAAGCGAAUCAAACUACAAAACAAACGAGAAAAGCACAAAAAGAAUACA